AUGAAACAACAAGGAAUUUUGGCCCAACUUCCCAUGGAAGUUCUUGAAAUGAUUAUCAAUAAGGUAAUUCUUCUUGACUAUAGACCAUACACAAUGAGAAGACAAGCUUUAAUCAAGUUUUUGAAAACUUGGGAAUGGCCACCAGAUAUUUCCUUUUCUUGUCGCCGACAGAUUCGAGUCAAGUUGACCACGAUUCAAGGACUUGCCCAAUCUUGUAAACGACUACAUGAAGUCAUAAACGGCAUUAUUUACAAACGACUUGAGCUUGGAGUAAACAUGCAUUCUUACGAAGGCAAUGAUUUAAAUUUGGCCUUAUUUGAAAAAAUUUCCGUUAGAUUGACCAGUCUUUUUAUUGAUUAUUCGGAGAAUUCAAUUGGGCCUAGAGGUAAGCUGGUAGUGCUUCCCAAUCUGCCGAAUUUGGAAAACUUUGGCGCUAAUGUUUGUUCACCUGAUUUCCCCCUCCAACAAAUUAAAGUCUUAUUAACCGACAAGAAAACUUGCCAGCAAAUUAAACGAAUUCACAUUCGAGACUCUUCAUCAUUAAAUCGUUUUGCUAAUGAUAUACAGGCGUCUGACUUUUUAAAAGACAUUUUCCCAAUCCUCCCACAGCUACCAAAUCUUCAAAAGGCACAUUUUUACAAACAUGAACCUCGCAAAGUCUCUCUCUUUAAUCAUUUUGAAAUCAUAAAGCCUUAUAUAUUAAACCAUCCUUCUCUCCAGUCUCUUACUCUACCUGUACAUUGUGACAAGAGUUUGGCUCCAAGGUUUGAGGAGGUAUACCGGCUAAUCUACCACAUGUGUGUCCAAAGAACCCUGGCUAGCCGUAUCACUUUCGACUCUGGGUACACUCCAUCCCCCAGCACUUUUGUCUUGCGGUUAGCAAAUUUCAUAACUCUGGCAAACCUAACUCCUCUAAAAACAUUUCUCAGCACUGUAGACCCCAAAUUUUACAAAUGGCUUUAUUGUGAAAGAUUUGUUGUAUCGUCUUUUGACAUUUUCGGUAUCUCGCCAGGUAUUCCAGAAUCAGGUUGCAUACAACUUAUAACAAGCAAAUACACUAUGGAAGGUAAUGCCACUGGCGUGACUAUUGACCCAAGAGGUAUAUUGGAAGAAUACAGUUCAAGUCAAUAA